UUACAACACUACGUCAUCAAUGAUAUCACUAAACUUUUAACCGCCAUACAAAGGUAUCUUCAAUGGUCCUCAAUGGUGUCCUCAAAAUUUUUUUUGAAUCUUAAGCUAUAUUUCGUAGAGAGAAAUAAUUAGCCACAGUUCUCCAGUUAUCAUGUAUACAUCUUCGUUAUCAUCCAACGCAAAAGUGGAUGUGUUCCUAAGUUUCAGAGAAGAAAUUCGUGGGGGAUUUGUAAGCGGAUUUCUAAGCCAUCUGAGGCAUGCGCUUGCUCGACAAAGCAUAACAUGUUUUAUAGACAACCAAGAGGAGGAGAGGACAGAGAAAAGGAAGCAACUUUCAGCCAAGAAGGUCCUCCAUGCUAUCCCGGAGUCUAAAGUAGCAGUGGUUGUGUUAUCUAAGAACUAUGCCUCCUCUUCCUGGUCUUUAAACGAGCUGGCGGAGAUUAUGGAGACAAACUUGAUGAUGGUUCCGGUCUACUACGAGGUGGAUAUAUCUGAUGUCCGGUAUCAGAAAGGCAGUUUCGGGGAGGAUUUACGGAGACAUGGCCAAUCCGAGAGUUCCCAGACCAUGAAAAGAUGGAAAGCGUGUUUGACAAAAUUAACCGACACCAAACCGGAAUUUUCUCCUCAAACUUCGAAGGAUGAAGCGAAGCUGGUUCGCGAUAUUACACGUCACGUUUCUGGUUUGUUGUCUACAUCUCGUUUACCUAAAAAUUUGCUCCCAGGAAAGACAUGUGAAGACAAACCUAAUACUAGGAUGACUUCUUGGAGUCGACGAGUCUCUGAUUCCAACAAGAUUAUGGCUACCAUAUCUGGGAAAUCCUACAGCCCCAUCGCAAUGGAUCGUCAAACAGACUCAAUAUAUGAAAUAUUGAAGUUAGAAUGUACUAGCGAAGUUUAUGUGAUUGCUGUUACAGGUGUGGCAGGAAUUGGCAAAACGACUAUUGCAAGGCAUCUUUUCAAUAAACUAUCCUCCCGUUUCGAAGAAUCGUGUUUCUUCGAAGCCUCAAGAAACAUUCUUGAUGACAGUUCACAAGCUCAACGAGUUAUCACAUCAAGUGCAACAAAGAAUAUCAACCAGAACUUAUCCACAGCUUGUUAUCAGAAUCAUUAUUCUCUUGAAAUCUCGAGGAACUUCCUUGAUCAAGGCCACGACCUUUCUGCCUUGUUUGGCUCACACGAAAAGCUUCUUUCCCCAAAAAGUCGUAAGAGAAAAGCAAGACAGACACUCGGCGAUGAAGAUAACAAAAGGAGAAGGAUUUGCAAGAAGCGAGUUCUUAUAAUAGUUGAUAACAUAGGGAUCGAGGACUUAGAGAUGGUCAUGAAGGGUGUGAAUCGUUUCUGCCCAGGAAGUAGAGUUAUAGUAACCACAGAAGACAAGAGUUUGCUCUUAGCACGUGGAGUUGAACAUGUCUACGAAAUGGACUGUCUAAAAUACGACGAAGGUCUUGAGCUCUUCAGUGAAUGCGCGUUCCAGAAGCAGUAUCCUCCAGCAAAUUUCGAGCAGCUCUCGGCCCGUGCAGUCGAAGUUACCGGCUGUCUUCCUUUGGCCCUUAAAUUACUUGGCUCUUCUCUACGUGACAGAACCGAAGAGGAAUGGGAAUGUGAAAUCCUGAGGUUGGAGGCAAGACAAGAUGCAGACUUACCUAAGGAAACUCCGAUAGGAUCCGCCCCCGGACUAUCAAAGUUUAAAGCACAAGGCAUAGGAUCCGCCCCCGGACCCAAAGAGUUAUGGGAAUAUAAGUGCAUAGGCUCGAAACUAGAACAACAGAAAGAAAGAUAAAGCCACUGAUUGAAGAUUAUCCCGCAAGGCAUACCACAUCACCAGGACAAGAUUCCUUUGUGAUAUCAUAUAAAAACUCGUGCUUUUAUCGUAUUGUUUGUUUGAUAUAUCAUGUAAAAACUCGUGCUUCUAUUGUAUUGUUUGUUUGAUAUCGUGUAAAAACUCAAAUAAGUAAUUCAUUACCGUUUUAUGUACACUGCUAAACAGCUCCAUGUUUUUUUCAAGAAUUUGGAAUAAAGAAAAUCAUGGGAGAAUGGUAGUCAACUUAAUACCCAUUGGUUACCCAUCGAUCCAGUGCAUAUGUCAUCGUUCCGGUUUAUGUAAAGCCCGGUAUCAUUUACCUAGUUUGGGUUUUUAGGCCAAUACGUUAAUUUAUGUGAUUGGUAUUAUUAAGCUCAAGGGUUUAAGAUACACUAUAUAAGCUUCAUAACCUAAUUCUUGAAAGAUUAACAUAGAAAUCAGAGAUUAGAUAGAGGCAAGAGAGAAAGAGGAGUUAGAAAGAGAAUCUGUAGAAGGUUGAAGAGAAGAAAAAGAAGAUUCGAUCAGGAGUCUGAGAUGAUUCUUCGUUAUGUGUGUUUUAUCUUUUACACAUUCACAGUUUCAAUAAGCUUAAAUGGUUAACUUAUUGCUGUGUUCUCUCUAGGUGAAUCGAGAAACAUUAAGGUUGUUGUGUAAGAAAAAUCUUGCAUACAUUUAAUAAUAGUGAAUCGUUGAAAGUGUAAUCCUUUCCCAAGCUAUACCGGUAAAAAGAAACAGGGUAAACAUAUAUAUCGUGACUUUAAUUAAAUCAAA